CACCACUUCUGGCCACAUUAUGCUACUUGAGGAACAACCCAUUACUCACUCUUCUGCAAAAAUGGAAGCUCAAUCUCCAGGAGUCCCUGAGGUUAGAGUAGUUCACCAUCAAGAUUUGAACAAGAGCAUUCUGAUAGCACUCAUUGUUGCUUCCACCCUCCUUGUUGGAAUUCUUCUGUUCCUGUCAUGUUAUUGGAUCUAUAGACAGAAAAUGUCGAAACACUCUAUUGGGAAAAGGCAAAAGACAAACGAGGUUCCAAUAGGGACGCCAUUGAGUGCACUUAUGGUUGAAUUUAAUUCCUUGAUGUUGGGGAAUAGAAAGGGUUCGGUUGUUGUAUUCAAUUAUCAAUUGCUGGAAGCUGCAACAAACAAGUUCAGUGAAAGUAAUAUUUUGGGUGAGGGUAGUUCUGGACCUGUUUACAGGGCUAGUUUUGAUGGAAAAUUCAUUGCAGCUGUUAAGAAAGUAAAUGGCAUAAGACAGGAUGCUGAAAGAGAAUUUGAGGUAAUUCCAUCCAAAACUGGUUCUAGAUUCAGUUUCCUGAAUCUGAUUCUCUUGUUGAGGUCCUGUGUUUUAUGA